CGCGCGCCUCGCCAGUCCUUCUCAUCUGUUAUUAUUUUAUUAUUUUUUUUCACCCCCCGGAAAUUCCCCUAAAUCAGUCAAAGUAGUUUCGACUCCUGACAGCUCUGUGUGUGCUGUGUGCGUGUGUGUGCGCGCGCGCGUGUGUAUGUGUAUCUGUGUAUGUGUGUGUGCACUGUUGUCUCGUGCUCGGGACGAAGAGAGACCAGGACUCCGUUUGGACAUUCUCCUUCCCCAGACUUCUCAACGGGACACUAAGAUCGCCACUGUGGGAGAACAUCGAGGAGAAUCCAGUGGAGUCUGUCUUUCAUUCGCCCGGCAUGAGGCAGCAUGUGCUUACUCUCAAUUUAGCACAGAUCCUGUAGUUCACUGACACAGCAUGAAAAAGGUUGUGAGCGCCUGCAGAGCUUGGUGAUUCAGGAGUCAGAGACGAGCCAAUGAGAGGAUGGCCAGAGGUCACAUGAUCUACAAAGCCGCCAUCCAGCUGGUUGUGCCGAUGCUGCUGAGCGUGCUGCCGCUCACACACACUCAAACUCCACCUCGUUUCACCCGAACCCCCACUGACCAAACGGGCGUGCAGGGCGGAGUGGCCUCCUUCGUGUGCCAGGCGACAGGAGACCCACAGCCUCGAAUCUCUUGGAGCAGGAAGGGCAAAAAAGUCACCAACCAGAGAUUUGAGGUGAUUGAGUUUGAGGACGGCUCCGGUUCAGUCUUGCGCGUGCAGCCGCUGCGGACCCCACGUGAUGAGGCUAUAUACGAGUGUGUGGCGUCUAACGAGGCCGGAGAGAUCAGCGCCUCCACUAGCCUCCUGGUGCUGCGCGAGGACCUGCUUCCUCCCGGCUUCCCGUCCAUAGAUAUGGGUCCUCAGCUCAAGGUGGUGGAACGCUCUCGCACAGCCACCAUGCUGUGUGCAGCCAGCGGCACUCCUGACCCAGAGAUCACCUGGUUUAAGGACUUCCUUCCCAUCGACACACACACUCACGGACGCAUCAAACAGCUGCGCUCAGGUGCAUUGCAGAUUGACCGGAGUGAAGAAACCGAUCAAGGCAAAUACGAGUGCGUGGCUACAAACAGCGCCGGGACGCGUUACUCAACACCCGCUAACCUCUACGUCAGAGUGCGCCGGAUCUCUCCACGCUUCUCUGUGCCGCCCAUGGAUUACGAGGUCAUGCCCGGAGGAGGGGUGAACAUCACAUGCCAGGCGAUAGGCGUUCCCAUGCCGUACGUCAAGUGGAUGCUCGGAACGGAGGACCUGACCCCGGAGGACGACAUGCCCAUCGGAAAGAACGUGCUAGAACUCACAGACGUGCGCCAGUCAGCCAAUUACACCUGCGUGGCCAUGUCGACUCUCGGCGUUAUCGAAACAGUUGCACAGAUCACAGUCAAAGCCCUCCCGAAUCCUCCAGGUGCUCCGGUCGUCAUGGAGCGUUCAGCCACCAGCAUAACCUUAAUGUGGGACAGCGGAAACCCACUUCCUGUUUCCUAUUACGUCAUCCAGCACCGACCCACCUCCUCCAACGACCCUUUUAAAGAGAUCGACGCCGUGGCGACGACCCGGUACAGCGUCGGCGGCCUCAGCCCGUACUCGCACUAUCAUUUCCGGGUCAUAGCGGUGAAUUCGAUCGGCCGCGGACCACCGAGUCCUACGGUAGAAGCUCGCACGGCAGAGCAAGCCCCGAGCUCGGCGCCACGCCGAGUCAGAGGCCGCAUGCUCAGUGUCUCCACGGCAAUGGUGCAGUGGGAGGAGCCAGAGGAGGCAAACGGACAGGUGGUCGGCUACCGGGUUUACUACACGUCUGAUCCGUCGUUGUCAGUCAACCAAUGGGAGAAGGAGAUGGUUCGUGGAGCGAAUUUCCUGACGAUACAGGAUCUCACACCAAACAAGACCUAUUACAUUAGAGUUCUGGCUUUUACUGCAGUAGGAGAUGGUCCUCUCUCCAAUGACCUCCACAUCAUUGCCAAGACUGGAGUUCCUUCCCAGCCUACUGAGCUGAAAGCAGAGGUGAAGUCCGAGACAAGCGUACUGCUCUCCUGGCUUCCUCCAGCUCACAGUGGCACCGACGCCAUCAUAGGAUACGAGCUCAUAUACAGGCUCGGAGACCAGCCUGAGCAGAAGAUCGUGUUCGAACCCAGCUCCAGCUACGUGCUAAAGAACCUGAAGCCCUUCUCCACCUACGCCUUUCAGUUAGCGGCGCGCAGUAAACACGGCGUGGGGGCCUUCACCGGCGAGCUCAGCAUACAAACGCCACAAUCCCUGUUUGCUGUGAACUUCCGUGUGAAAGCUGCUAUGAAGAGUUCAGUAUGGCUUGCCUGGGAGCCACGAACCUCACCGAACAAACCCUCGACGUUCACCAUCUCAUACGGCGACGGCCGCAGACUGGACAUCGACGGGCGUCUCGGGCUGCAGCGGGUCUCCGAGUUAAAGCCGCAGUCGCUCUACACGUUCCUCCUGAGCAACAAAGCAGACGGCAGCGAGGGUCUGCAGCACCGUGCCGACGCCAUGACCGCUCCGAACCUGCUGCCCAGAAAACCUCAGCUGGUGGAGAAGAGCAGCUCCGAGAGCACAGCCACACUGCAGCUGCCGUCCGUGCACGCACACGCCCCCGUCAGGGGUUUCUAUAUCGUCGUCGUCCCACUGAAGAGGCAGAGAGGAGGAAACUUCCAGAAUCCGUGGAGCGAUCCAGAUGACAUGAAUUUAGACGAGUUGUUUCAGCUACUGAGGAUGAUCAACGGUUCGAGCCGAUCGGUGCGUUUACGGAGGCAGGCCGAACUGAAGCCGUACAUCGGCGCCUACUUCCAGAACCUUCCGUCCGAGUUUAAGCUGGGAGACGGGCGUGUGUACGGAGUGUUCCUGAAUCGUCAGCUUCUCCACGGUCAGGAGUAUGUCUGCUUCGUGCUGGCCAUUUUAGAGCUAGGACAGAAUACCGUGUACUCGACCAGCCCGUUUUCGGACGCCGUGGCGUUCUCAGACAUGGAGCCUCAGCCAAUCGUGGACGAGGAGGAGGGGCUGCUUUGGGUGGUGGGGCCUGUCCUGGCGGUCAUUUUCAUCAUCAGCAUAGUCAUCCUCAUCCUUCUGUUUAAGAGCAAACCGGACAGGAAGCGGGCGGAAUUAGAGGGCAGGAAGUGCAGCUUCCCGAGUAGUGGCAAAGCUAUGAGCUCCCAGCAUCCCUCAGACCCCGUGGAGCUCCGCAGGAUCAACUUCCCUACACCCGGUUUGCGUUCCUCCGGUUAUCGUCGUUUACCAAGUAUGACCAGUCAUCCUCCAGUUCCUAUCUCAGAAUUGCCCGGUUACAUAGAGAGGAAGAAAGCCAACGAGAGCCUGAGGUUCUCUCAGGAGUACGAGUCUAUUGACCCUGGGCAGCAGUUCUCUUGGGAGCACUCAAACCUGGACAUUAAUAAACCAAAGAACCGUUAUGCAAAUGUCAUUGCCUACGACCACACCAGAGUGGCGCUGUCUAACAGCGAUGGUCAGCCAGGUGGCGACUACAUCAAUGCUAAUUUCAUCGACGGGUACCGGCGACAAGGCGCCUACAUCGCCACACAGGGGCCCAUGCCAGAUACUAUCAGUGACUUCUGGAGGAUGGUGUGGGAGCAGCACACGGCGAACAUCAUCAUGAUCACCAAACUGGAGGAGAAAUCAAGGAAUAAGUGUGAUCAGUACUGGCCGAGCCGAGGUACAGAGACGUACGGCCUCAUGCAGGUCUCUGUGUUAGACACCGUAGAGCUUGCCGCAUACUGCGUCAGGACCUUCGCACUCUUUAAGAGUGGCAGCAGUGAGAAGCGGGAGGUCCGUCAGUUCCAGUUCACAGCGUGGCCCGAUCACGGUGUACCUGAACACCCCACGCCCUUCCUGGCCUUCCUGCGCAGAGUCAAAGCCUGUAAUCCUCCAGACGCCGGGCCGAUCGUAGUGCACUGCAGCGCGGGCGUGGGGCGUACCGGCUGCUUCAUCGUGAUCGAUGCCAUGCUGGAGCGUGUGAAGCAGGAGAAGACAAUCGACGUGUACGGUCACGUGACGCUGAUGCGCACUCAGAGAAACUACAUGGUGCAGACGGAGGAGCAGUACGUGUUUAUAUACGACGCUCUGCUGGAGGCCGUCACCUGCGGCAACACGGAGGUGCCUGCGCGCAACCUCUACGCCUACAUCCAGAGACUCACGCAGGCCGAGCCGCCCGACAACAUCAGCGCCAUGGAGCACGAGUUUAAAAGGUUAGCCAACGCCAGGGCACACAACUCCCGGUUUGUAAGCGCCAACCUGCCCUGCAACAAGUUUAAAAACAGGCUGGUGAACAUCAUGCCGUACGAGAGCACACGUGUGGGCCUGCAGCCGAUCCGAGGAGUGGAGGGGUCCGACUACGUCAACGCCAGCUUUAUAGACGGCUACAGGCAGCAGAGGGCGUACAUCGCCACGCAGGGUCCUCUGGCUGAGACCGCUGAAGAUUACUGGAGAAUGCUGUGGGAACACAACUCCACUAUUGUAGUGAUGCUCACUAAACUCAGAGAGAUGGGGAGGGAGAAGUGCCAUCAAUACUGGCCGUCGGAGAGGUCGGCACGCUAUCAGUACUUUGUGGUGGACCCCAUGGCUGAGUACAACAUGCCGCAGUACAUCCUGCGAGAAUUUAAAGUGACCGACGCCAGGGACGGCCAGUCCCGCACUGUUCGCCAGUUCCAGUUCACCGAUUGGCCGGAGCAGGGCGUGCCGAAGUCUGGCGAAGGCUUCAUAGAUUUCAUUGGCCAAGUACACAAGACAAAAGAGCAGUUUGGUCAAGACGGACCAAUCACAGUACACUGCAGUGCUGGUGUGGGGAGGACAGGUGUCUUUAUCACUUUGAGCAUAGUGCUGGAGAGGAUGCGUUAUGAAGGAGUGGUCGACAUCUUCCAAACUGUCAAAAUGCUGCGAACACAGAGACCAGCCAUGGUGCAGACGGAGGAACAAUAUCAGUUUUGCUACCGUGCAGCGCUGGAGUACCUGGGCAGUUUCGAUCACUAUGCAACAUAAAGCGUCUGUGGCGUCUCCCCGUCUCUCCGGACCAGCAGGACGUUUCCUCCUGUGUAAUCUUCUGUGCUAAAUCACUCCGAGUCUCCCAGAGCCGGCUGCGUUUACACCGUCUGUCCCGAGAGCUCCUGGCUCUGGAAACUGUAAGGUAGCACUGAAUUGAUCCAGAGGUCAGUUUAGUUUUGUUCAAUUCAGAGCUAUCUUAAGCUAAUCUUUAAAUAAUCACCACGGACGUUUAAAUCCAGCGCCUGGGAGACGGGCCCGACGGCUUUUCUUUUCCGAUCGUGUUUUUGAUUCAACUUUCCCACUGAUUAGUUUCCAACUUGUAAGAGACUGGGGUUAAUACCUAAUCACCGAAGUUUUUGAGCUGACGCAGCACCCAAUCACACGCACACACACACGUGCACGCACACACGCAGAGUGGACCAGCGGCAGUCGCGUAAGGCUGUGCAAUACUGAAUAUCACUGCACGUCGGAUUGAACUCAAAGCACACAGAUUAAUUCAUCCAGAGUAAUUCUACACGGAAUUGUUUAAGUAUAAAAAUGAAUAUACAGUAUUCGUAUGUGUGUACUGUACGUGGUGGUCUGGGGAAACAUCUGUCAGACACUCUAGCUGAAUUCCGGUAAACUAUAAACUAUUCCAAAUAUUAUAAAAAAUAUAUAUAUAAAUAUAUAUAUAUUUCACCACGUAAACGAGCCGAUUUAACAAACAGCACUGAACGUCACGCGUUAAUCGCGAAACGGUCCACAAGUCCCGCAGUCCUGAAGUGUUUUAUUCCUCUUAUACCAUCACGUUUGUGUUUAUAGCAGAUGAAACAGGCGUUCCUUAUCCAUUCUCUCUCUCGCUCCUGAAAUUAAUGCCACCCCCACCCCAAUUCGACCCCCCCCCCCCUUCCCCCCCAGCAGCUAGUCAUGUUUCCAGUGUAAAGAAAGCACUCACGCUGGAGACUCCUUCCAAAUGUACCCACAUUAUUAAACCAUGCAUGAGCAGUUCCUCUAUAACUGAGAGAGUGUUCAUACAAACCGGUCGGAGCCUCAGUUAUGGAACACCGAUCAACACCUUCUGACCAAUCGCAUUCAAGAAUUCAACAGCGCUGUGGUGUAACAUUUUACUCCGCCUGUAGUAACGCUUAGUAAUAAGAAAUAUCCCAAAUGUUCCGCAUGUGAAGGGUUUUCCCAGGCCACCACACACACACGAGCACAUGUACAGCGUGGGUGGUGUUUAACGACGAAACGUGAGCGAGAGAGAAAGGUUUUUUUCAAAAAGAAAGAAAUAGACAAAUUAGCUGGAAGAAUCUCGCACCUGAGACGAGCAGAGACGCCGAGGUGUAAAGUUCACCUUAACAAAGCGUAUCCACGGCGACGUUACAGUAACCCAGACGAUCGUUUCGACAGUAGUAGUGCCUUAUCGUAGUUUAUAACGGUUCGCUUUCGUUCUACUUCUGUGUACGUAACCGCAUUUUAGGUUCUAGACAAUUUUGAUAAACUAGGACACUACACACGUGCCACACCAAAUUUUAAUAUCGCUUGGAUUAUAUUUAUUUAUACACACACACACACACACACAUAUAUAUAUAUAUAUAUAUAUAUAUAUAUAUAUAUAUAUAUAUAUAUAUAUAUAUAUAUAUAUAUAUAUAAUGCAAGUGAUAUUAAAAUGUAUGUAUAUGUACACGAUGAGCGUCUAUCUCGCAGAACACAAGUCACGAUUUUUUACAAAGCCAUAUUAAUCGAUCCAAAUUGAAGCUGCCAAGGCCUUUAGGAAUUAUUACUACAUAAAGUGUAUGCAUGCACAUUUUUGGACUGUAUUUGACCUAAUUUAUGAAUUUUGAGAACGUUCAUAUUUUAUAUUAUUAGUCAUCAAAGGGAAUUGUAUCAGUUUACUAAAUGUUACACUAAAUCUCUCUCGCUCUCUAUUAUUAUUAUUAUUAUUAUUAUUAUUAUUAUUAUUAUUAUUAUUAGUUUAUUGUAAUGAUCUUCUCUUGCCUCUUGGGGAGCAUGCGGUGUUUAAAACUUUAGCUAGUGAUGAGGUGCUGCUUUGUCCGUAUAGACAUCUUCACCUUUUUGAGGAUUCACAUGCAGGGUUCCUGGAUAUAUGUAAGUUAUUCUAUAUUAUAUUAUAAUAUAAUUUGCACUAUAAAUGUAAAAAAGGAAGGAAAAAAAAAAAGACACAACCCACCACCACUUCAACACUCGAGCCACAAACAUGCGGCGGUCGAUCCACACCCAGCGCGUUCGAUUGAAUGAAUCUCGAGCUUAUUUUUUGCCAUGAAAAGCACACGCCCUCAUCCCAGGAACGUAAUCAGCUGUUGAGAUGUGUUAAUGGUUUUUGUGUGUGUGUGUGUGUGUGUGUGUGUGUCGACAGCAGCCUCGGUGUUAAUUCACACUGUGGGGAAACGACACACUCUCGCUCUAUGCACUACCCGUUCCUCAUCCUCGAGCACGGAGCGUUUCCGUCAUCGCCGUGGUGACCACAGUCAGUGUGUGCAUGUUACGAUAUACGAGUAUCUUUCGUGGUGUUAAAGCUUAAGGAGAAUAUACACUUCGUAGUGUUCAGUGUUCAAUGUUUUCCUGAAGACGAGAUGGCGUGAUUGUAGUCCUCUCCCGCGUCGUAACUGAACCACAGGACAAGGACCAAGUUUUCUCAAGGACGCAACUUUUCACCAAGAGCCAAAGCUCCAGAUGAGUUGAAUUUUUUUUUUUUUUUUUUCCCGGCUCCAUGUUUGCCAUUAUUAAACUUUAAAAAAAACAAACAAACAAACAAAAAAAAAAUGAAAUGAAAUUGCAAAAACUCUAAACAUCAGCCUAACGUGUCAAUUCCGCAGAUUUUAUUUGCGUAUUUCUAAUCUCCUCCUGCUUAGAUUAACACCCCCCUCCCCACCCCAUCUUCCAUGCAGUGCCAGGAACGUGAACAGUCCAUACACGGACCUUUUUGAUGUUUCGUGUAGAGAUAAAUCACUUCUGCAGUUUGUUUCAUCAUGUGAUAAUGACCAAAUAUCCAUUUUUAUUGCUUUUUCUUUUUGACUUUGUAAGAAGUUGAUGUGAGAGUUUCUGCGAUUCGAUCCAUCCAGUCGACGUGAGCACAAGUGAGGCCUGUCUUCUGUUAUUUACCUCUUAUUUUGUAGUAAAUGUAAAUAUUUUAGAGAAAUAAUCUUAUGCUUUUUUAUUUUCUUACUUUUGUCGUGAGGGGAAAAAAAUAAUAAUAAUAAUGUCGUGUGAGAAUACAGGGGUAUUUGUGGAACGUUUUUUUGGUUUUGUUUUGUUACAAAUAAACUGGCAACAAAUG